AUGGCUGUUCAGCCUGCCAGUAUUGCCCGUGGAGCGCACUUCUUCUUAAUUAUACCCACAGUAAUCCUUUUUGCACUCUGUUUAACAGGCUGCAUCUCUACUUCACCAGGAUUACCUAACAUCUACAUCGUUUCCCUCCGCUCCAACGCACCUAUCACUAUCAGCAACAAUAUUACCAUCAACCUUCCUACCCAGAUCCGCAUCGGCUACUACGGUAUUUGUGCCAUUGACAACGAUGGUACCCGUUGCCAUUCAGUGCCGGUAGAAGCUAUCCACCAUGUUAAUGAUAUUACGGACAAACUAUUCAAAAACAAGCAUGAACCCUUGAGCAACUCUUCUUCGCCGGUUGUCAACCCGAAUGAUCGCACCCUCGUCAAGACAGCCGUCACGCUCCAGUCUCAGGUCUUCUUCUCUGCCCUCCCCUUCGCAGGUGUCUCCUUCUUGCUGGGUGUCCUCCUACUUCUAGUCUUACAGCGUCUAACUUCGUCGUCGUCCGCUACCUUCUUCCGCCGCAGCACUUACACGUUCCUCUUUGGCUCGGUUGCUUUGACUCUCUGCGCCGCUGUAGCAACCGCGCAAGGAAGUGCCGCGCUGGAGCACUUCGGUACCAUUUUUGAGAUGGACGAGGAAGAUGGCAUCAUAGUAAAGAGAGGUUUGGCACUGCAGAUCAUGCAGUGGUUCAUACUUGGCUUGCAGAUGCUGUUUGGGAUCCUCGUUCCGUUCGUGAUAAGCUCGUCUCAGAGGGACAACGCAGUGGCUAAGGCGGAGCUUGAGAGAGGUGACAUUGGGAGCAUCCACUCCACUUUCAGAGGACCGAGGGUGCGCGAACUGGACUAA